AUGGUUAUUGAGCCUAAUAGCUCUUUACAGUACUCACCUGUUACUUUACUUGGCUUUCAAAGUUUAUAUCCAAGUAUAAUGAUGGCUUAUAAUAUGUGUUUCUCAACAAUUCUCGGAAAUAUUCAUACAAGUGUGAGUAGUGAUAAUCAACACAUAAAUGAAAUUACUAACAAGCUUGGAACUAAAAAUAAUUAUCCAUGGUUUCAAAUGAUUGAUUGUAUAUUUAAAGAAUAUGCAAACAUUGAAUUACUAAGUUACCAUACAGAUAAUAUAAAUUUUAAUCGAAAUAUUAUGAAGAAAACUAUACGUCAAGGGCUAUUACCACAAUUAAUAGAUGAGAUAUUGAAAAUAAGACUUAUGUUAAAAGAAUGUAAAUCCUGCUAUGAAUUAUAUAGGGAAGAAAUAAUGAAUAAUUAUAAUCAGAAAACUAAUUAUGCUAAAAAUAAGCUUUCAAAUUAUUCAAUACAUGAAUAUUCUAGUGUUAUCAAAUCAAUAGACUCUACCCUGAAAUACUUAGAGUAUCGUCAAUUAGGACUAAAAUUAUUUAUGAAUAUAUUAUAUGGUUACGCAGCAGCUAGUUUUUGUGGUAGAAUACCUCUGAGUGACUUAGCUGAUUCAAUUAUUAUGACUGCAAGGGAUACAAAUGCCCAAAUUAUAUAUGGUGACACUGAUAGUGUCUUUGUUAAACUUGAAGGAAGGAGUUUACAAGAAGCUUUUACAAUUACAAAUAAUAUAGUUGAUACCGUAACAUCUAUGAACCCUUUCCCAAUCAAAUUAAAUACUCAAGGUGUACUUUUACCAUGUUUGCUUAUUUCAAAAAAAAAAUAUCCAGGUUUCAUAUAUGAAAAAAUUGGUAAUAUUUGGAAUGAAAGUACUCCAAAAUUUAUAUGUAGAGGUAACAAAAUUAUUAGACGUGACCAAUGCCAACUAGUAAAAUCAACAUUUUCAAAGGUACUAAUUGAUUUAUUCCAAAAUCGUGAUAUAUCUUCUGUUAAGAGAAUUUUAAUUAAUGUAAGAGAACAAAUAUUUUUAGACAAUAUUCCUAUAAACGAUUAUAUUUUUUAUGGAGGCCUUCACUCUAAUCAAUUCAAAAAGAAAAUAGUAAAUAGCUGCCAUUUAACACCCGAAUCAAAGAAUUUGUAUCGUAAUAUAGGCAAUUCUAUAAAAAAAUUACUUUUGGUUAUGGCACCCAGUUCAUUUGGAUCUGUUGUAUUUCCAGAAGAGACUAUACUUGGAUGGAAGCAUUUGACACCUUUGCUAUUGCUUUUGCUACCAUCUAAAUAUUCAUCUAUUAAAGCAAAUAGAACUAGUGAUAAAGAUACCAGGAUAUUUUAUCAAUGGCAUGUUCAUGAAUUAUUAAUAUCUGGUUUAGAAAAGCAAAAUAAUGAACCAAAGUUUUCAGUUGAUUUUUCUCGCUAUUAUAUAGAUUAUAUUUUGAAGCCACUAAACCGAAUUCUAGGAUUAAUACCUAUUCUAUUUAAGUCAUAUAUAUUAUCAAGAUUACACUUUGUUGAUAUAGAAGAUCUUGUUCCCAGCAAACAAUUAUGUACAACCCCAGCACUUAAUACUAAUAAAAUAUGUCAAGUUAGUAAUCCUUAUUAUCAUUGUAAGCAAGCUAGUAUAAACGAAUAUUUUUAUUAUAAAUGUAGUAUUUGUAAUAAAGUUUCUCAUAUAGCUAAUAGAAAAAGUAAUACUAGAUCUAAAUACAUUAUUUGUAAAUCCUGUAUGGAAGAUGGAGAACAAACUUUUGCUUUGAUUGGGAGUAAUUUAAAUAGUAUAGAAAAUAAACUUUAUAAAAUUAAUAAAAUUUGUCUUAACUGUAGUGGCUGUGGAUUUCAAAGUCCGUGCAUGCCACAAUGCAUGGCAUUGUCAAAUUUAUGGCAUAAAACUUAUUUUAUUGAGAAGGUAAAAUUAUUGGGGUUCAUUAUAUUUCAAUAA